AGCGGACGACGCGCCAGUCGUCCAUCCGACAUGACCGCAUGCGCGUAUUCUUGUGCUCGUCAAACCUUCGCCGCCGCCGCUGUCGUCGUUCCGCUCACGUUCAGCCACCGCUGCCGAUAACUCGUCGCUGGCGCGUUUCGUGUGUUUGUUUGGUGCACGCUGUAUAUACCAACGCCGGGGAGAUUUUCCGCAUGCUGUAACGUCACAAGUCGGUUUUUUUUUCACACGAGGAAUCCAAAAUGGGGUUCGGUUCUAAAGAUGAGUGGUGUGGAUCCAUCGUCAAGUACAGCAUGUUUUUGUCCAAUUUUAUCAUAUUCAUUGGAGGCAUCGUAUUGGUGGCCAUAUCAGUGUAUACGCUGUACGACAAGUCUUUCAUCAAAGAGCUAUUGGGCACCAACUUGUUCACAGGUGCCGUGUAUAUAUUAAUCGUGGCGGGCAUUUUGCUGUCACUUCUGUCAUUUUUGGGGUGCGCCGGAGCCGUCAAAGAAGUCAAGUGCAUGCUACUGACGUAUUUCAUAAUUCUGUUCAUUAUAUUCAUCGUGAUGCUCGUUGGAGGGAUAUUAUGUUACGUGUUCAGGCAAAGGGUGCAGACGACUAUGCAACAAGAGAUGCUCAGGACCAUAAGGUUUUACGGCGAUGACCGCGCCAUAACCAGAGCGUGGGACGACCUCCAAGAAGGACUACACUGUUGUGGAGUCACGGGCUACGAUGACUGGAGGCAGCACAGGAUCGGCGGAGUCAUUCCCAGCAGCUGUUGUCAAGAGAUCAACGGAAAGAAACAACCGUGCAAUCUGAGUUUCCAAGCGAGCCUACAGAUAUACAAUACCGGCUGUCUGAACGUGACCACUGCUUUCAUGAAGGACCACGCGACUACUGUCGGAACUGUUGGUAUAGCCGUGUCACUGUUUCUACUUUUCGGAUUGGCAUUUUCGUGUGCUUUGUUCAUGAUGAUCGUUUAGAGUGGUAGAUGAAAUGUACAGAUAAGCAAAGAGUUCAACGCCGUGGAUAACAAUUUUUAAAUAGCCAUUUAAGUAGGGAAACAAAGGUCAUAUAAAUUAUUUUCAACGCAUUUGCCAUUAUCAACCGAAUUGUCGUAGUCGAUUAUCUAGCGACAGUAUAAUAAUAUAUACAUAAUAUAGGUAUUUAUAAUAUCAUCGACGUAGGUCUGAGACAAAAUAAUAAAAAUUCAGCAAUUUAAUUUGCAUAAAAAUAUAUAGGCACAUAAUAUUAAAUACUAUUUAGUUAAUUAAUUUACGUUAAAAACGAAAGAAAAAUAAUAGGUAGAUGAUACAAGUGGUUGAUGUAUAUUUAUAAUAUACUAAACCUAAACAUGUCAUAGGCGUACACAAAAAAGAUCCUUUUUCCGGGUAGGUACGCACCCGUUGGACGUGAUUUUAAGCGUUUAAAUUCUGGUAGAAAAAUAUAUACUUACAAAUAUUUUGUAAAACGUUUAAUUUAAAAAUUAACUUACUUUACUUUACUUAAUAAAAAUUAAAACCUUAAACCACACUCUAUAAGCGGAAUAUAAUAUUAUGAAUUAUGAUUAUAUAAAAUAUAUAAAAACCAAGGCUGGGUAUUAAUGAGUUAAAAAGUUAAUUUUAAGUUAACUUUUUAACUUAACUAGUUACUUUUGGCUUUUCAUUAACUUAACUGUUAACUUACUAAAUUUCUUUCUUAAUUAACGUGAUAUUAACGAGUUAAUUUUUCAUUUUAAGAAGUAAGUUAAGUUAAUUUAUUUUGUUUUUAAUUUUAUAAUAUUUCACUAUUUCAGUCUAUUUCGUUUUCAUGACAAAAAAUAUGUAUCGUAAAUUGUUUAAAGUUAAAAAUGUGUGUCAUUCGAAUCUAACUUAUAUGGAAAUACUGUAUGAAGUAUUAACACUAUGUCCUAUAAUUUAGUUUUGGUUUGGAAAAAAAUUAAAUACGCUAGCGUUGUAUAAACAAAUUAACUUUUUUUUAACUUAAUAAAAAUUUAACAAAAAGUGUGUAUUAACUUUUAACUUAACUGAGUUAGCAUAUAUAGUUAAAUUAACUUUUAACUUUUUGUUAUUGGUGCAUAUUAACUUAACUUAACUGAGUUAAAAAAAAUCAUUAACUUGCCCAGCCUUGAUAAAAACCAAUUACUUUUCUAGUUUCACGUAAGACACAUGAACACGUUAUCAGUCACACCUUCACUGAGAAUAUCAGAACCACACAGUAGGAACAUGCGUCUUGACAUUUUUUAUAUGAUUUCAAUAAUCAGUAAGGUGAUCGCCGUAUUCCACUUGUCUUAAUUAAGUAUUUUAAUCUUUAUAGUUCGGAUAUAGUAUGGACUUCGACAUCCCAAGUUCUAACUCUAUUAAUGUCCAUUAAAUUUUGUUUGUACUCGAAGACAAAAAUGCAUUAUGGUUUUUAUUUAUCUUUACUAUAGAUACACUCAGCUGUACAUCCCUUGCGCACGCCUAAACGCAUGUAAUAUAUUAUUAUGUAUACUUACUUCCCUAAUAGUAUGGCGUAUACAUAUAAUAAAGAUUUAAAAAUUAAUAUUAUUCAACAUAAAUCAAUCGCAAUUUCGCUCGGCGUUCAUAUUAUAAUAUAACUAUAAUACCUUACCUACCCAUUUGUAUACAAAUCGGCUAGGUAUCAAUAGUUUUUUCUACACAGGCCAAAAUGGUACUUACUUGCCAUUUGGGCAAUUAAGUAUACAUUAUAAACACAAAUGCAAUGGUAAUCCACGUUUAACUAGCUACUCUUAUGCUGUAGUAGAUUUUUGUGGUUUUUGAAGAGAAGAAAUGUAAUUAAACAUAAACUGAAAACGUUUUUGCGCCAUUUCCAGUUGCCACAUCUUGUCCAUUUACAUUAGAUACAUAUCAAUUAUAAUUUAUAAUCACGUAAUAUUAUUAUGUUAUAGGUUUAUUAUCACUUUGGUAAUACCUCUGGCAGCAUCAUUGUUCUUUUACAUAUGCAUCAUAAUAAUAUUCUAUUUUAAUACCUAAUACAUAAUUUGCAUUCGUGACUUAUCUAGUUUAGUUUUUCGGAUAUAUUUUUAUUAAUUGUGUUUACGAGUAAGAUAUCGUACCUGUUGUUUUUAUAUGGGUAUUUAUCUAAGUAAUAAUUAAUAUACCUUUUAAAAAUUAUAAUUUUAUUUGCCGAUGUAGUAAGAGGUAUAGCCGUAAGCUAUGCAUGUAUUAAUUAUUUGUAUAUAUAUUCCCAUUUUAUGACGUUUUAUUCGAUUAAUAUUUUUGUGCAACUUAAAUAUUUUUACAUCAUCGCGGAGAAAAACUAUGUAUUUCAUCCGUAGGUAAAUGCCUAAUUAACACACAAUAGAUUGUAAUUGUCAAAUAUCAGUACACUAUAUUUUACCAUGUCUAUAAUAUGUAUACCUACCUAAAAUAAUGUUGUUAUUCAUUCUUGUAAUUUGUAAAUUAUUUAUUAGUUAUAACUUAUAACGUACAUUUAAAAUAAAUGAUAUAUAUUAUAUUAUAUAUAUAUAAAACAUACAAAAACA